AUGCCGUAUCCGUACCGACAUGAGCCUCGACAGAUCCUUUCCCAGGGCACAGACUAUGAGCGCCCUAUACUCGCGCCCCUUGGUCCUCGGCUUCCGGCCUUGGUUCCCGAAAGAAGCGCAGACCCACGCUAUAUGCUUUCCUCCGAUAAUGUAUACAUGAGCCAACCCGUGCCGCAAGCCCUCCCGCUGCCAUCCUAUCAACCCCAGGCAAGCCAUGAUACCCGUGGCUAUUACAACGCUUAUGAUGAGAGAGUCAACCCAUCUCUGGGCCAUGCUCGGGGCUAUGAUAGUCACCGGAGCCGGACGUACGACGUGGAGUCCCAGUAA